AUGCCGGGUUCUGGGGAGGAUAAUGUUGUAAGUAUAACAAAAUUAUUUUUUGGUCAAUGCAUUCUCUUUAUUGAAUUUAGGCUAUUCAAAUCGACGGUGACGACGAUAUUGGGUAUGAAGAUGUUUAUAAUAGCACAAUAGAAGCUAAUGGCAGCUCAAAUAAGGCAUCAUUACAACAUCUAUUGCCUACUGAUGAUGACUUAAAGUCGUUGCAAUCUUCGGUCCAUCAGUCAUUGAAAUCCGCGUAAGAAGAUACAUUUAUUGAGUUAAACCACUGAUCUUUUCUAUUUAGAAAGUUAAUAACAACCAAGGUUUUCGAAAAGUUGAAAGGCGCAUUAUCAGCAACGAAAUUAUGGUGGAUUACAAUUGGAUUCUCAUUCCUUGGCGGCUAUUUAUUCAUGUGGCUGGAGGUCGAAGCCGAUCUGGCAGUUAGAAGGAACGCAUUUGAAGACCAUCUGGUUUCAAGAGACGUGUUCUUAUUCAAGUAAGUUUUGAAGAAAACAUUGUUGGUUAAAUGCGCAUCCAACGACCAAUAAGGCUAUUUUUACAUACCCACCCUCAUGGGAAUACUGUCGAGCAUUUAGUCGGCGUUUAACUUGGGGCUUAUAACAAAGCAUGUCACGAAAAGUACCCCCAUAGCUCUAACAAAUAUAUCUCUUUAAAAAGCUGUAAAUUGGAAACUGCCCCUAAGAAGUCUCGAAUUAAACUGUCUGCAUAAAAGUUGCCGUUUUCAGUAUUGAAAUGAUCCACAACAGCAGCAGUCUCCGCAAGCGUCAGGAAUGGAAAGAUGCAAUAAUGCAGUUUGAAGAGCGAGUCGGCUGCAGAUUGCCGGAGGUAAAAACUGUAUGGACUUUCUGGAUGAGUGUGCUGUAUGCUAGCACAAUAUCAACCACUAUCGGUAAUUUCGUUUUAACAUGCUAGUUCUUUGAGUAGCGCUUUUGAAGUACCGUCAUUUUUAGGUUACGGUAACAUUGGUUGCAUUACAAUGGCUGGGAGAGUUGCGACAAUGUUGUACGCAAUGAUGGGGAUUCCGUUAUUCGUGGUAAUCUUGGACAAGAUCGGAACAAUUUUGCUGAAGGCGUUAAAGAAUAUCAGUUAUGUUGUUGAUGACCUUUGGUUCUUUCUGUGUAAGUUUUUCCCAUAAAAUACGCAAUUGUUUUUCGCUUUUUUCUUAAGUGCCUCCCCCUAUGCUACAGUAUUUUUCAAGUUAAAAAAUCCUUUGAACCUAUGAAUUUCCAGGUGUCCGCUUCUACCCUUCCAAAGCCCGUGAUUCGACAAUCCGUCGGCGGUACAAAACUUUGUCCGUCAAGUAUGCGCGACGCGGAUUUUUUCGAUACAGUGUUCCUCCAUCAGAGUCCAAACACGUGGAGAAAGUGGAAGUUGUCGCGGAGAGGAAGAUCACACCGAGAGAUGUGGGUUCGAUGUUUGUGAAAAACCCGGUUCGACCGGUGGAUGACAUCAUUGAAAUGGGAGAUGCUGUAGAGCAAGUUGAUGAAGUGGAUGACAUGGAAAAGGCGGUUCAAGAAGAGCAUUUAGAGCCGACAGAUAGCAGGCAUAUUCCUGUGGUCAAUUUUGAGGAGGUAAGAGAGAUAAUGGACAACCUUUUGCCCCUAAAAUGGGCAAAAAAUACUGAAUCGACCUAAAAAUCUUGGCGGUUUCAUCAAAAUAAGUUUUACACUUUCAGCAUUUAUAUUUUCGCUUUCAGAAUCACACAAGCGUUGAAACCCGCCCUAGGCCCCUUCCUCGUCAAGGUUCCAUUGAAACCGCUCAUUCUCAUCACAGUUCCAAUUUUUCCAGCUCUCAGGCUACUGAUACAAACCAAUCGGAGGACUCCGAAGAUUCAGCUGAUGAGCAAAAAGCUCCUUUAGUUGAAGAAAAAGUAAUAGAAAAAACGGAAGAAAAAGAGGAGGAAGAAGAAGAGGAAGAGAGGGACCCGCCCGUAAUGGUUGCAAUAGUCUUGACAGUCGGGCAUAUUGCCACUUUUGCAGCACUGUUUUGCCUUUGGGAAGAGUGGGACUACUUCACUUCUUUCUAUUUUCUGUUCAUUUCGCUUAGCACUAUUGGUAAGUACUACAAUACGUAUAACAGUACAGCACAUCUUAAAAUAAAUUUGCUUUGCUCUUUUUAGGAUUUGGCGAUGUCACUCCAGCAUACCCCGAAUAUAUGGUAGGGACAUUUCUGGUCGUCUUAAUUGGGCUGGCAAUGGUUACGGUUUGCAUCAACGUGAUCCAAGAGAAGAUUACCUUGAUGUACAUGAGAGUGCUGACGAGAAUGCUGGAGGUGGGCAUUCAUUUUAUGGAAAAUGCGAUGAAAUCUCAUAGAAGUUACAAAUCAUCUUGUUUAGCAAUACAUAAAGGCCCAAGAAGAAGGAGAUCCAGAGGCGUUGAAAGGGUUUGUCGAAGGAUUCAACAACAACGCCAAGUUCUUGAUGCCUUUACUCAGUAAAAACGAGAGUGCCAAGGUGAUGAAAAGAUUCCGGCAGACCGCCAAGGACCGGGGGAUCUCAUUACCUCCGGCAUUAACUGAUAUCGACCCGGAAACGGGCCAAUUUUCGUUUUGCAAUCAAAAGUCCGAGGAUCUCGAUGGAUUCAUCGAGAAGACGAAUAAGGAGGCGCAGAGUGUCUUGAACUCUGCGAACUUCCAAAGAAACACUUGCGCUACUCAGACGACCUUCCAUUGUAAAGCGAAGAAGGUUCAGACAUCGGUGCCGGAAUGGUUGUUGGCCAAUAACAGCCAGGGAUUACAAUUCUCGGCCGAAUUGAGCGACAGUGGAAAUCAGACGGACACAGAGAGUGUGGAUUCGGGAGUUCAGGUGAGAAAAGAUUUUCUUUUGGAUAUUGGAACCGUCUUUAUUGAAAUCUUUACAGGUUGAAGUUGACAUGGAGUCUACAUACGUUCAAUUUGAUCACGAGUUUAUUGACACAGCCGAAAUUUCAACUUGCGUGGACGUUGUGUAAGUCAAAAAAUUUUUGGAACGUAAUGUGUCCACAUAUACACUACUAUGUUUAAAAUACGGAUAAUGACUUCAAACCUUUUAUUUCAGCUACACAGACACCUCGAUUCAGCCAGAAGUCUCAUUUAUCCGACAAUUGAUGGAAGAGGAAGAGUCUGGCUGGGAAAUGAGUGAGUCGGAGAGCGACGAUGACGUCACAGAGCAUCAUGAAGUAUCAGAACGACGGAGAAGGAUUCAAGAAGGCUUUCAAAGAAAGGCUUCGGAUGAUAAAAGGCAUAGAAAGCACGAUGGAAAAGAUUCCGUGCGACAAAUGAAGAGCAGAGUGGUCCAGGUAAGGAAAUUGUAAACAUUCUGGUUUAAAUUUUCGUAUACUUAAAUUAGAAUUUCCCCUAGGGCUUUUCUUCUUCUAUUCUUCCUAAUCCGCCUGCAUUUCAGACCUCCGUUGAGCUCACAUCCACCGAAUCCCAGGCAGGCCCGUCCUCGUUCACCGGCUAUAACGACUUCCAAACGAUGACAGUAAUCGCCAGAAAAGACGCUGAAAUCCAGCCGGAUUUAAUCAGAAUGAAGAAUAACUUUACACAAAUGAAGAGGAAGCUGAAAGACGCGGCGAUCCAGAAUUACCUUAUAGACGAACUCCUGAUCGAUCUCGAAACACAGGUCGAGUUGGAAAUGGUUGAAGCCGAAACUCAAGUACAACUUGAACAUGUAGAUCAAAAUGAUCAGACCGAUGUGGAAACGAAGAAUAUGAAUUGUCAAACAGAGGCUGUAGAAUUUGUAAACAUCAAGGCGAUCAAGGAUGGUAUUUGUCAGACAGAAGUGAGCAAGUCAAACAGGAAAGCGCAGACGGUCUUAACGUAUACAUGCAAAAACAUCGCAGAUUAUGAGGAGAGGAAAAAGGUGGGUGAAAAUUUGUAAAAGCAUCUGCUUAAACAAGGAUUGUCGUAAAUUGCCUAAAAAAGGCCGCAAAUACACAAAGAUCAUCAUAUUACAGUAACUCACAAUUUAAUGAUCUUUCGGAUCUUCAGGCAGAAUACAGUAAAGCCAAAGCAAAGUUCGAGAGGCAAAAGAAAUCGCGGGCAAGUGCCGGAGCAAAGGAGAAAAAUGCACUCGAAUUGCACUCGGACGAGUUGGAAGUCCUCAAAACCAAACUUUUCAAUCUGCGUCUGGAGCAUGCCCGCAGGCAAAAAAUGGAAAACGAGCCAAUCGAGUUUGACGUUAGACAGGUAGAAAUUACAUUACUGUUAAAAAGUUUACAUUGCCUUUUAAGGAAACCGAAAAAUUACUCGAAUUGUUGCAAAAUCUACGAAUCGCGGAGGGUACCAUGGAUAAGGAAGAGGUCAAAAGGCUAUUUCAACAGUAUCAUUUUCCCAUAGAUAUAAUCGAAAAGGACUUCAACAUAGACAGACUGAUUCAAUUAUUGGAAGAAGAUAGUCUAAAUGGAGAUGAAAGUGAGGAUGAUUUACUGGAUGAUGAAAUUCAAAUGUUCAUGAUCGCGAAAGAAGCUCAAACAGAAAAUCCUACGGAAGACAUUGGGGUCAGUUUGAAGGCUUUUUGGAAGUAUUAGGUCCUGUGGUUUAUGUGGAACAUAUGAUUUGAUUUUCUCGGGAAAAAUUGGUAAAAUACGUCAAUGGGAUUUAGGUCUGGAAAUUUUAGUUGCGAUACUAGAUUUUCGAACCAAAAAAAAAACAAAACACGACUACCGCUAUCAUAUCUAAGGUUUCUUGUCCUAUUGAUCCCCCGGAUAUAACAAACCCUUUCAGGUUGGAAAUUAUGUGGAAUGGACUGAAACUUCGCUUCAAACUGACAUCUCAGCCUUCCAGCGGGCUGAACAAGAAGUUCAAUCUACCCCAUCAACUGUUGAGUUUGGAAUUCUAUGCAAGGCUGAAGUCAAGGACAGCUCGGUAUGCACAAAAAAUUAGCUUAAUUUGUCAAUGCAAACUCCUUUAGGCAACAGCGAAACCAGAAAGUGUAUCAAGUCUGAUUCAAACAACUUCAUCCAUCGCGAAUGAAGUUGAAAAAGAAGUACAAGCAAAUCCAGUGUUGGUUGAACAACACAGUCAGGUGGAGACUGUCUUUGUUUCGGUGGGGCUGUCUCCACUGCAAGAAGUUAUUGAGAGGGUAAGUUACGAGUAUAUGCGGUCAAUUCAUCAUCGGAUAAAAGUUUUAUCGCUAUCGUAACUCUGGGAAAGCAUUUGCAAAACAAAAGUUUCCAGAACAAGCCUCCAGUAGAAUCACAAGAUACGCAGACAAUCGUCAAAGAAUUCACCGCCUCAGCCAUGCAAACGGAAGUCAAUACGGCGGAGAAGGUGAGUCAUGAGUUUGAAAAUUACAUUCGUAAUUGUUUUGUAGUAAAGGUAAAAACUCACUACAAUGAUACAAUUUUUUACACAUAAAAAUGUUCCAGGAAACCGAAGCGAGGCCUUCAACCAGCUCAGUAAUUGUUGAUGCAAUUCCCGCAACUCAAAACAACAGCACUUACAUCAAAGUGAUUUAUAAGGAUUCGGAAUCUCAAAGCGCAAUAAUGACCGCUGAGUUGUCGAUUCAAACAACUCCAAAUCUCAAAGAAUCGGAAUGCCAAGCGACCGCGAACAUGGUCGAAAAAUCAGCACAAAAUGAAAUCGAAUUUGCUGAAAAAGGCAGUCAGUCCCGAGUGUCUUCGAUUAAGAAGCAGAAAGAUGAAAAAGAUGGAGAAGGAGGGCCAGAAACAGCAUCUGAUGAUGUAUUCUAUCCUGUGGAUAACUCGGUUCAAUACGAAGAUCCAAGAGAAUUCGUGGAGUGUGGAUGCAAUGCGUUAGUGUCGAUGUUCAAGAAAGAGAAAGUACAACGGAAAGAAGGCGAGACAGAUGUAAGUAAUGCAGUCAAGGUUUACAAAAAGGCCUUUAAAGCACCCUGUUUUUGCCAAAAUACAGAUUAAGUUUACAGAAUCAUACUUUUUACUAAAAAUUAACUGUAACAUAGACUUUUGAUCUGCCCAAUUUCUGUUGUAUUUUGUGCAAUGUCUUGGCAUAGAAAACGAAACUUUUUAGGAGACCACAGAAGAGGAAAGUUACUUUUUAUCCGACAACUUCACCCAACACGAGACAGAGCUCAUAGAAAUGGCAACCAUGCCCGAAGUUUCCAUGUUCAAACUACGGACUGAUGGAAAGCAAGGAGCUGAACUCACUGACGAUUUGGCAGGUGUAAGUCAAUUCUUCCACGUUUGCGGCCACGCUACUAUAAGAAUUUUAUUUAUCGGGCUUUCAUUUUGCAGCAGUCUCAGUUUCUGGUAUUUAGCAUGGAAUUGCUACAUCAUCCAUGUCUUUUAUUAACGUUAAAAUUACUUUAUAGAUCUGUUUCCCCAAGGACGCCGAAGUCCAGCACGACCGGGGCAUGGAAGACAAAGUCGAUUUUGCCCUUCAACCGCACGUUUCAAUGUUCAGGCCAAAGAAAAAGCGACCGCAGUCUCGGCAGUCCGCCUCCGACCAAGCCGAACUGGACGAUGAUAUCGACUUUAUGAUCGACUCGUUUACUCAGCACGGUUUCACUUGUAAGUAUUCGUACUACCACAACAAUAUUACCCUCCUUUCCAGACUCCCAUAUUGCCACAGGUAUGGAUAUCGAAUACGCGAGUAAAGAAGUUACCGCAGUGGUUGAAACUCGAGCGUACGGAGUGCAAAGUGAAAGUGUUUUAGUCAAUAACUCUGUUCAAACCACGCCUAGUGUUGCUCAUAUCGAAAUACAAGCGGUUCCAUCAACUUCGGAAGCAGCUACAAUCCCCACAGUAUCAAUGUACAAGAUCCCCAGUGAAGCGUCUGAAUUUUAUCGACAAAAAUUAAAGGCCGAAGUGGGAGAAGUGCAAUUCAUGUUGGACAGUGAAAGUCAAUACGACAUAACCAAUGAGGACAAAGAGUGUCAAGCCCAAGUGCAGACGCGAGAUCAUAGAGUUGGAGAGCAUGUCAUCUUCAAAGAAAAUUCAACGCAGUCGUCGUUGUCGACGUUCAAAAUAAACGAAAAGGAGUACCAGAAGAGAAGGGAGAGUAUGGAUCAAGGAGCCAGAGGGAAUGGAGAAGAGGCGGAUGUGGAUUCGGUAAGGGAAUAAAAUAAAUUUAUGUCCCUGCGAGGGCACAUCUUCACACAAUGGUAUCCGGAAGCCAAUAUUCAUUGUAUAACUGAUAUCAAUCUGUCGGGAAAAUAAUGACGCAUCUAAAAUCGCAUCACCGCAGGGAAAAUGAAACAAAAUUCCUUUUUACUUUAGUGACGCGAUCGGCGCAGCGACGUUAUGCUCAUUAUUUUCCCGACAGACUGAUACUAAGCCUAAAAAAGCGUUUAUACAUUAUAAAUUCUUGUUGUUGGCGUUUUGCAGACGUAUCAUAAAGAUACCACCACUCUUUUAUUUUUAGCCAGAGGUCUAUUUCCUCAUCGAUGCCUCCACUUCCCAUGAUUACUCCCUUCUUUCCACCGAUGCCGAAACACAACAAUCUGCCGACCUCAAACAUAAUGGACAACAAACUGUCUACAGCGGCACUAUUGUAAGUAAAGUAAUCAUAAAUUGUACUUGUUACUUUUUAUGCGUCUUUUUUCGGCUGAACUAAUAUUGUUUUUGGCACAGGUGGAUGCAGAGAGAACGCACGAAACUCAUCUUGUGAAUGUGAAAGAAAACCGCGCCGCGUGUUCGUUACGUGUGCCGUUAACGCAGCGCGAAACGACGACGAUGAAGUUGAGGGAGCUGACAAAGGUGGAGAAGAAGGCCGUGAAGCGCGUGAUCAGCCGGGAAGUUCAGACCAAGGUUGAAGUCAAGGAAAUUGGGGUGGGGAGAACGGUGAGAUGCGCUCCAUUUGCCUGCCAAAUGUCCGUUGAUCUACAUCAUUGGGGAGUCCAGGUAAGAAAUUCAGAAAGUGGGAUACAUAUCUGAUACCGAAAAAUUUUAAUAAUUGAAAAAAAUGGAAUUAAAAUGAUCUUCUUUUGUUAUAGACCAUAUUUGCAAAGCAACAGCUAAAAUUUCCAAAAAUUUAUAAGAUAAUUGCAUAGUGCAGAUGACUUUUCAAUCUUUUUCAGUGCGAAAGCCUCAACUCUCAAUCCCAAUAUGCUCAAACUCAAAUGGAAACUCGUAACAUUGAGUCUCAAGCUGCUGUAGAAUCAUCUUCAGCGUCGAUUCAAACCAUCAAAAUGAAGCCAUCGAUUCGAAAUUCAAAGAAAAUGCAAACCGAAGUGUUGCAGACCGAAAUCAACGCUGAUGUCUACGUAAGCCUUCAAAUGACCGAGUCCAGAGAAUCGGCUAGCCGAAAAUGGAACUCCAAACGUCGAGUUACUCUUCGAAAACAGCUAAAAUUAUCCGAUGUCAAGGGAAUCCAGACCGAAUCCACGACUGACGUUGUUUUUGUGGAGCCACCGCGAAUAAAUCGCGAAGAUUUCGAGUGUCAGGUCAACAUCUCUAAAGAUCUCGUCGAAUUCUCGGUUAAUCAAGCCUUCCGCAAGCCAGCCAGACUCAUGCGAGCCACUAAAACUUUGCCCGAACACGCUAAAUCGACCGUUGAAAAGUCGAUUGUCUACUACAAAGUAACUGGUAUAACUCAAGUGCCAGCUGGACCAAAAACGAGCCGAUUAAUAAAACGACGACCGCUGAAGCAGCGAAUCGAAGUGUCAACGCAAACCGAGCGAAAAUCAUUUGUUUCGUUCGCUAUCGACGCUGAAUUACGCUGCGAAUCCGAUGAACUCUACGCAAACGUUCGGCUCAAAACUCCGCGAGUCAUCUCCACCGAGGCUAGAAUACGAAUGGCUAAGCCCAAGAUUCAACCUAAAACAGCUAAGCCAAUGCCAACUGAAAAGCUGAAAUUGCCAAAAAUCGAAGAAAGAGUUCAAGUGUCAAGUACAAUAUCAGAAAUGACCCAGACGGAAAAAAUUAUUGCUCCGGAUCAAGUUGCAGCCGGAGUUCAGACCCUCAGAGUCCCAAAAAGGACCUCUAUGACGCAAACAGACGAGUUGCCUCCGGCACGAAUCAGGAAGGUCUGAUUUCCUGGCAAGUAGGGUGUUGCACUUGAAUUGCUUGGUUUUAAUGUAUAUUUUUUGUUAAUUUUAGUAGGCUUGAUGUGCUUAUAACCUUAAAGUUUAAAAACGUUGCUAUUUCGAAUACUAAAAUUAUGACAAAAAUUAAUUUUUAGACCGAAAUGUACCAAGCUUACAAGGCCGAACAUACCCAUGAAGCUUCAACCCAAACGGGAGUCCUGGCCCGGCUGGCCACACAAUACAAAGAGCAGCCCACAGUAAGACAUCUUAUGGUCACAAUUUUUGAUUUGUCCCUAUAAUGUAAUCUGCAUAACGAACGUUUGGUUAAGGAAAUGUAAUCUUUUUAUUUCAGCCUGACAGCCCCAAAACAAAGAAACCCAAAUAA